CGGUGCCUGCGCAGUGUCUGUAUAAGAGCUUCCGGCGGAGGAUCUUGUUUUGGGUCCACGGAGUUGAGCUGGCGGCGUUGGCGCUGUUGGCGAGGGGCGAGCGGUCUCUUGGGGUCCACAUGAGCCAAUGGCAUCGUGCCCACCGCGGCCGGGGCCGGGGGCGCGCCUUUUCUGGACGUUCUUCGGCCAAGAAGAAGGGCGGGAACCACAUCCCCGAAAGGUGGCAAGACUAUCUCCCUGUUGGACAGAGGAUGCCUGGGACGCGCUUUAUUGCUUUCAAAGUUCCUUUGAAAAAGAGUUUUGAAGAGAAACUUGCUCCAGAAGAACGCUUUUCCCCCUUGGACCUUUUUAACAAAAUCCAAGAACGAAAUGAAGAACUUGGACUGAUUAUUGAUUUAACAUAUACUCACCGCUAUUAUAAACCAGAGGACUUACCAGAAACUAUUCCUUACUUAAAAAUUUAUACGAUUGGUCAUCAGGUGCCUGAUGAUGACACUGUUUUAAAAUUCAAAUGUGCUGUUAAUGGGUUUUUGAAAGAAAAUAAAGAUAAUGACAGACUUAUUGGUGUCCACUGUACCCAUGGUUUAAACAGGACUGGUUACCUCAUCUGCAGGUAUUUGAUUGAUGUAGAAGGCAUGAGGCCAGAUGAUGCAAUUGAAUUAUUCAAUAGAUGCCGGGGGCAUUGCAUAGAAAGACAAAACUACAUUGAAGACCUUCAGAAUGGUUCCAUCAGAAGGGAUCGGAAUUCCCGUGUAUCCAGAUCAAGUGGUUUUGAAUACUCACCAUAUAUGAUGGAACCAGCCCACACCACUAAUAAUGCUGUUCAUCAAGGACCUAGGAAUAACAUACAUUGGACCCAAGGUUACCCAACACCUUCUCGCCAUUUCCACACCCAGACCCAAGAUUUACAGCAGUCAGUAAGAAAAUUUUCACAGAAUCAGAACGUUUACCAGAGAGGCCAUAACCCUCCUCCCCCUGGUCCCCCCGGAGAGGACUAUUCACAAGGAAGGUACUCUUGGAAUGUACAGCCAAAUGCCAGUCAAUUAGCCCAGAAUCAAAGCUGGUGUCCUGGCAGUUACUAUGGACUACCCUACCCGGCCUAUUAUGGAUGGACCCAAUGACGCAAACUGUCCUGGAAAUCUAUCGGGAGACAGCAGGACUGAAGAUAGUUGGAGUGACUUUUUAUACAAUCAGGUCAAAUGCGGUUUAUAAUCUAUUUUUUUCUACCUUAAGUUCAAACAUAAGACAAAGUUAUAUUAAUACUUAACUCUUUGCUGUUAAAUCUACAGUAUUUGCAAUACUGAAGGAAAUAAUCUGUUGUUCAAGUCUUAAUAUUUUCAAAAUAACAUGUUAUUUUAGAACUGAUCAAGUAAUAAAGAGCAUCCAUUGUACAUAA